GCUGCGAUGACUUGGCAAGCAGCGCCUACGAAGUGCUUAUUUAAAGAAGGCCAAUCUCCCCCGUGCCUCUUCCCCCCCCCCGCCAUCCCUCCCGCUCCACAUCCGACAUGACACCAGCACCCAUCCUCAUCAGGCCCGACGCCGACUCGGUGGACAACAAUGGCUUUGUCUGGCGCCACGGCUCUGCCGCGGCUGCAGACUUUUCCCUCUGGCUCAACCCAGUCCCAGAGCUGUCUCGCAAGCGCGCUGGCGGCGGCGGCGGUGGCGGUGGCGGCGGUCGCAGCAGCUCCAGCUCCAGCCCCAGCUUCAGCGGUGGCAGGUCCAGUAGCGGGACGACAUCCUCGAGCAGCUCCUCUUCCUCUUCUUUCGGCACGAGUGCCAACAGCGUCAAGGGCUUCACGCCUGGCACCGUCUCGGGCGGCGCAGGCGUGUACGGCUCCUCGGCCGCACGCGGCAUCGCCAACCCGUACACCAUCUCCUCUGGCUCCUUUGCCGGACGCACAGCCGGCGGCGGAACACGCAACGGCGUCUACGGCAGCUCCUCCUACGGAUCCGGAUACACUACCGUCGCCGCCGGCGCCGGCGCUGGCGCCCUCGUUGGCGGCGCCGUCGGCGCCAGGGGGUUCCCGUUUAUCUAUUGGCCAGUCUACUACCCGUACGCGCCAUACUACUACGGCUCGCACAUCUACGGCCCAGAGAACAACAGCAGCCGCCCGGGCGGCAGCAUGACGCUCUACGUCCUGCAGGCCCCCAACGGCGUCAAUCAGUCCGCCAACAACUUUGCGUUGUAUGGCGACGCGAACAGCGUUGCUGACGUCUGGGACAGCGUCAAGCCCAUCUGCGGCGUCGGCCCCGCGCUGCAAGCCAACUUCACUGUGUCACCCAACAACACCGUCCAGUACUACCGCGCCAGCAGCUUCGCCCUCCUCCUCCAGGACUACAGCAGCAACCUCCCUAACAUCACCACCGAUGCCGCAGGUGCCUCGUCCGACAACGUCACGCAGCCCCCCGCCCCGCUGCCGUCUGGCGUCGAUGCGACGUACCUCGACUGCCUCAACUCGACCAUCGGCACCUUCGUCCCGCUGCUCGACACGGCCGUCUCCAACGAAGCCGCGAGCCUCAUCGGCGCGGCGGGCUUCGCGCCGGUAAUCGCCCUGCUCGUCGCGAUGCUCUCAUAUGUUUCUUGAGCGCGUCAGCGCGCGCACCCGCUGCUUUAUAUGUACUCGUAUACCUCCCGCGGUCUGUCUUUAAUGUACACUACGCCCACGUCACGACCUCGCACAGCGCAACGACACCGACACAGGUGCCAACUCGGCCCCUCUGAUAUUUGCAUUCCGCGCAUACCCCCACGCGCUCGGCGCUAGCAUGUUACCACUAGCAUUCUGUACCGGAAUCGCACAUCUUGAGCUUGGAAAGCUGUAGGCUACUAUACAACACUGAACGGAAGGAGAAAAUAAG